AAGGGGGAGAGAGGGGAAAUAUUACAGCGAGGGAUAGAGGCGUGCCAAUAAUCAAGGAUUUCGGACGGGAGCGCGCGUCUUCGUGAACACAUGGCAACGCGGCGGAUCCAUUACGCUGCGUCACGGACCCGCCGCGAGAGAAGAGGGGCUCCCUGAGGCGCAGCCGCUUCUGUUUAUUCUGCCCCGUCCCGUUCACGUUGAGCUGGGACUCCCCGAGCCCCUGUGCACGGACAAAGUGAAAGUCCAGGCGGAAAUACGACUCGCACGGACGGGGUGUUUUUUUUUUGUUUGUUUGUUGCCAGGAUGCAGGGACUGAGCUCCCGGGCUCACGCGUUUUCGGUGGAGGCGCUGGUCGGGAAACCCUGCAAGAGGAUGAAAGUUUCCGAGAGGCAGGACUCAAGUUUGGCCGCAGACACAGGAGGCAACAGGAGCAUCUUCAGUGGCCAGCACGAGUAUCCCACCGGUCGGAUGAAGCAGGAAUGUUCAGCACUGACGAGACCAGCAGACAUCUCCAGCGACCUGCCGGGUCACACCCCGGGACCCGGGACCGAGGACCCGGACGCGGCCUGCGGGGAGAGCAAGGCGACGGAGGGCGAGUGUCGGCCGGACAGGGAGGUCCGAGUAGAGCUGCAGGGCUCCGAGCUGUGGAAGAGAUUCUAUGAGAUUGGAACGGAGAUGAUCAUCACUAAGGCUGGCAGGAGAAUGUUUCCUUCUGUGCGCGUCAAAGUGCGCAACCUGGACCCGUGCCAGCAGUACUACGUCGCCAUGGACGUCAUGCCCGUGGACUCCAAACGCUACAGGUACGUGUACCACAGCUCGCAGUGGAUGGUGGCCGGAAACACGGACCACUCCUGCAUCUCUCCCCGGCUCUACGUGCACCCGGACUCCCCGUGCACGGGCGAAACGUGGAUGCGUCAGGUCAUCAGCUUCGACCGGGUCAAGCUGACCAACAACGAGAUGGACGAUAAAGGACAUAUCAUUCUUCAGUCGAUGCAUAAAUAUAAGCCACGUGUGCAUAUCAUCCGUCACGACCCUCGCAUGGCGGUUGCUCAGAUCCAGUCGCUGCCAGCUGAUGGGGUGCACAGCUUCUCCUUCCCGGAGACCGAGUUCACCACAGUCACAGCCUAUCAGAACCAACAGAUCACCAAGCUGAAGAUCGACAGGAACCCCUUCGCCAAGGGCUUCAGAGAUCCGGGACGGAACAGAGGGGUUUUGGAUGGCCUGCUGGAGUCCUAUCCUUGGAGGGGCCCUCUCAGCUUGGACUUUAAGCCUUUCACCGUACAGCUUCAAGGGACCUCGGGGUCUCCGGCUGGCGGCUUGAAGAGCUUCCUCCCCAUGUCCUCGUCGUCGUCCUUUCUGCCCGUGUCCUGCCAGGACGCCGCCCUGCACGCCUUCACCCUGCCCCUCUACGGUAAAGCGCCCGUCGUUUCCCCGCUGGCCGGCCGAGCCUUCUCCCCCCCGGGGGCGGACGGGCUGAGGGGCCUGCCCCCGCUGCCUCCCGUGACGGACUUCCCGCUCCUCUCCGCGCUGCACGGGAAGAAACCCCCCCACCGCAGGGACCCCGGGACCCCCCCCUGCCUGGUGCCCCUACACGGCCCUCAGGCGUCGUCGGUCAUCCCGGAUCUCUCCGACUCCGGCUACUGCCUCUACCGCUACAGCUUCCCCCUGAGCCCCCAGCUGGCCGCCAUAUCCCGCCACGCCAAGCUGGCCGAGGACGCCGCGGACUGCCUGCUGUGGCGGGGGGCUCCAUGGCAACCGAACGCCGGCCACUGCCUCUGACAGCCGGACUGCGCAAACAGCCUUUUUUUUUUCGUAUUUAAAAACCUUUUUGUCGGACGAACCAGCACAAAAACUGAUCCCCAAUAGAGGCAAAAAUAUAUUUCUGUUCAGGUAGAUUUUGAGUUUGGACUUAAAGGGAAAGCACUGCCCCCGAAACCAACCCCACCCCCCUUUUUUCCCCUUGUGUGAUAUUUCAGUCCCUCAAAGGCUUUUACCAAAGAGCAUCAGCGAUAGGAGCCGAGGUAUGUAACCUUACUGUUGGUGAACAGGACGGAUGCUGUUAAAAUGUUCACAAGUGACCAUUAAAGCGUUGCUCGUGUUUUGUUAAGAUCAGUCAGGCGGAAAAUGUUCUUUUCUCAUACAAGCCAACGUACAAUCGCAAAGACAACAACCAGAAAUAAAGCAUUUUGAUGUGUGCCCCCGAAGCAGGGAGCGGCUCAGAGUGAGGCCCUGAAACCGAACAAAAACAUGUUUUUUUUUUGUUUGUCCUGAGGACCGGGCGUAGGACUUGGUCGUCCCCCCGCGUCUGAAACCAAUAACAUGAGCUCAUCACGUAUCUGUGAUUGUAGGGGAAGAACAGCAGCUGGCUGAGUCCGGGCGGCUGGUUUCCAUCCCUGUGCUUUAUUAUCAGUAAUGGGACUAAUCAGAGAUGCAUGGAGGUGAAACGGUUACCCCUGCGGAGGCCGUUAUGAGCCAAAAGCUCUGAGUGGAACAACUCUGAGACAAAGACAUUUUGCUCUCUGAAACGUUCCAAUAAAAUCAUUUUUUCAUCGCUCCCAUAUCCACAACUUUUUCUAUUUUUUUUCCCUCUUUCUUUCUUUUUGCACACACAGCCUGCAGAGAGCAGAAAAGUUCAUCCAUGAGGAACACAGAGUCACACAACCCGCUGUGUUUUCUUGUCUGUGUGAAGGGGGGCACGCCCGUCCAGCCGCUGAUGUGAUAAUU